CUCAAUUGGUCGAAAACUCUUCGAUUUCAAUCUCUUAUCCACCCUCUCAACUCUCCAAUUUCACACGCAGACCUUCCAUGAACUCCACAUUCCCAGAACUCUGAUUCAAUGUCUGAGACCACACCGCUGGAGAAGAACCUCCUAAUCUCUCCGACGAGCUCUCGAUCGGUCACCGAGACCGUCAAUGGCUCACACCGGUUCGUAAUCCAGGGCUACUCGUUGGCAAAAGGUAUGGGUAUUGGGAAACACAUCGCGAGCGAUAAUUUCACCGUAGGAGGGUUUCAGUGGGCUAUAUAUUUCUACCCAGAUGGGAAGAAUCCAGAGGACAAUUCGACCUACGUCUCGGUUUUCAUUGCUUUGGCCAGCGAAGGCACGGAUGUGAGAGCGUUGUUCGAGCUGACUUUGCUUGAUCAGAGUGGGAAGGGGAAGCAUAAAGUUCAUAGCCAUUUUGAUCGGUCUUUGGAGAGCGGUCCGUAUACCUUGAAGUACCGAGGCAGUAUGUGGGGAUAUAAGCGUUUUUUUAGAAGAGCGUUACUCGAAACUUCAGAUUAUCUUAAAGAUGAUUGCUUGAAAAUCAAUUGUACUGUUGGAGUUGUGGUUUCUGCAACAGACUGUGCAGGGUUGCAUUCGAUUCAGGUUCCAGAUUCUGAUAUUGGAGCGCAUUUUGGCACACUGCUGGAAAAUAUGGAUGGUUCGGAUGUUAUUUUCAAUGUGGCAGGGAAAAAAUUUCAUGCUCAUAAGUUGGUAUUGGCUGCUCGAUCCCCGGUGUUCCGAUCUGAAUUUUUUGAUGGGUCAGAGGGUGAUGUACAGGAGAUUGUAAUUACAGAUAUGGAACCCACUGUUUUUAAGGCAAUUCUGCACUUUAUAUACAGAGAUGCUCUUAUGGAAGAUGAGUUGGUAGCUUCUAGUUCAUCAUCUGUAUCUGAGACAUUAACAACAAAGUUGUUAGCCGCAGCUGAUAAGUAUGAUUUGGGAAGACUAAGACGGAUGUGUGAAUCUCAUUUGUGCAAGGAUAUAUCCGUGAAUUCUGCAGCGAGAACUCUAGCUUUGGCAGACUGUUUUCAUGCUACAGAAUUAAAAGCUGUUUGUCUAAGAUUUGCUGCUGAAAACCUUGCAGCUGUUAUGCGAUCUGACGGGUUUGAAUAUCUUAAAGAAAACUGCCCAUCACUGCAGUCUGAGCUCCUGAAGACUGUGGCAGGUUGCGAGGAGGAUUGUAGCAGCGGAGGUGGAAAGUCACGAAGCGUUUGGGCCCAACUUUCCGAUGGUGGUGAUACCAACAGCAGGAGGGUGAGGCAAAGGACCUGAUUUGAUUAUAUGAAAAAAAUUGUUGUUCUUGUACAAUGAUGGUGUCAAAAAAAAAAAAAAAAAUGAACAAAAUUCUGAAAAUAUUAACUGGAAUGAAAACAUGUCCUAUGUUUUUCUGCCAUGUUUCUCAUGAAUGUACGACAUUUGUGUGACAAGAUCAAAAAAUUGUAGUUUUUAUUUUUAAUUUUUUUAGUAUUAAUGAUUUUAAUUCUGUGUUUAGUUUUUUAUAAUUUUACAAUUUCCUGAAUAGAAAGUGUUGGUAGGUAGGCCCCAAAUUCUUUUCUGUUGGAGACCUACUAGUUAUGUU